AUGGUUCACCCUUUGGAUCCUUCAACCGGCUCAAAUUACACUGAAAUCCACGUGGAAUCCUACGAUUUGACGUGGAAAAUCGAUUUUGAGCGCGAGAAAAUCGAGGGGAGUGUGGAUGUUGAGUUGAAGGCGGUGAAGUCGACGAAUCAAGUGGUGAGAAUGCCACGUGGCAAGCCGCGACACAGCAAAUUUUUUACUACGUAUUUUCUCAUUGCACAAUUUCACGUGUCGCUACAGUAUUUUCGCAAAAAAUAUUUUCUUUUUUGUGUUUUUUUUCACAAAAAAUGUGUUUUUGAAGCCGAAAGCGAAGGAAACCCGCUCAAACUACAUUUUCAGAAGUAGUUGAUACUUUUUCAAGUAGUAAUAGUUUUUUGAAUCAAAAGUUCUUUGUUUUUCCUGGGAAAAUCAAGAAAAAUAUGGAAAAACGUCAUUUUGAGCGGAAUUAGAAGAUUUAUAAGCGAUUUUCUGUCUUCUGGACCUUCCUCAACUCUUCUUUGCUCAAUUCUGAUAGUGAGAAAUCAAUUUUUCCCUGAAAUUCGGGUUCAAAUCCUCUAAAAACGUGUAAAAACAGGAUUUUAUUAGGCUCCGCCUAUAUGUUUGCGCCGCGUUCAAAACAAAUUCUGCAAUGAUUUUUUUAUUUGAGGUCACGUAGAAAAUAAUUUGCUGUGCGCGAAAAUCGAAAAAAUUCAAAUUUUUUGCAGCUUCUCGACACGCGAGCCUUGGAGAUUCGUGAAGUCUCAUCAAAUCCGGCGGAAAAUCUGAAAUUCGAGGUUUUGGAGAAUCCGGGACUUGGUCAGAUUUUGAAAAUUGACACGGGGAAACAAUUGGCCGAGGGAGAGAAGAUGUGGGUUUUUUGGCGCUAAAAAUCCACGUGGCAAGUUGGAAAAGCUAAAAAUAUACCUUUAAAGAAACAUACCGUAUUCUUUUUUAAAGAAUUAUUGAUCAGAAUAAUACGGUAUGUUCCUUUAAAGGUACAUUUUGUGUCCUGCCACGAUUUUAGUUGAUUUUUCCCGCUAAAAAUGAUGAUAAAAUCCACGUGGCAAGGUGGAAAAGCUGAAAAAUUCAAAAAUUCUACUCUGGCAUGGCAAAUUUUCAAAUUUAAUCGUGGCGGGACCCGAAAUAUGUCUUCAAAGGAACAUACCGUAUUAAUUUCAAUGAAGUAUUGAUAAGAAUCUUAUGGUAUGUUUCUUUAUAGGUGCAUUUUGGGUCCUGUCACGAUUAUACAGUUGAUUUUUGCCGCCAAAAUUUAAAAAAAAAUCGAAUUUUAGCGAAAAUUCGUGGCGGGACCCGAAAUAUGUCUUUAAAGGAACAUACCGUAUUAAUUUCAAUAACGUAUUGAUAAAAAUCUUACGGUAUGUUCCUUUAAAAGGGUCCUGCCACGAUUAUAGUCUAUUUUUCCCGCCAAAAUUCAAAAAUAUUUAAUUUUUUCCCGCAGAAAAUUGCGCAUCGCCUACUCAACCGGCAAAAAUGCGACAGCUCUGCAAUUUUUGACCGCCGAUCAAACUACAGACGGAAAGGUAGGUUUCCGGAAGCUUCCGCUUCCGCUUCCGCAACCCAAUUUUUUUUUGCAGGCUCCAUAUCUGUUCUCACAAUGUCAGGCGAUCAAUGCACGCUCUAUUGUACCCUGUAUGGAUACACCGUCUGUCAAGAGCACCUAUAGGAGUACGGUAGGUUAUUCUUCGCUUCAGGACCCGAUUAAAAAACAAAGAAAUGCACCUUUAAUUUCAGGUACACGUACCACUUGGCCUAACCUGUCUGAUGUCGGCGAUUGGAAAAUCGCACGAGAAAUCCGCGUGCGGGAAGUUUGAGGUGUUCAAAUUCGAGCAACCCGUUCAAAUUCCCGCCUAUUUGCUGGCGAUUGUUGUUGGGAGAUUGGAGUCGAGGAAGAUUAGCGAGAGGUGAGAGAAAAAAACAUUGCUCAUGCUAGACUGAAACUUGAAAGAGAAAAUUUAUAAUAUAUUUUGACGCCAAAAAAUCCACGUGGCAAACAUUUUGAAUUUAUGCUUUUUGGCGCCAAAAAAUCCACAUAGCCAAAAAUUUUCAGAAUUUCUCGAUAAAUCUGGAAAUUUUUCGAGUUUAUAAUUUUUGACGCCAAAAAACCCACAUAGCCAAAAAUUUUCGAAAUUUCUCGAUAAAUCUGGAAAUUUUUGAAUUUAUAACUUUUAACUCCAAAAAAUCCACGUGGCAAACAUUUUUCGAAAUUUUUUGCGAGCGACAAAGUCGCGAGUGUAAACCGCAAGCUUGCGCAAAGCGCCGGAAUCUUCCGCGCAGCGGCGAGUUCCAGCUUAACCUUAGCAAUCUGAAAACAUUGCUCAUGUUAGACCAAAAUCUUUAAAUCCAGAUGCGCUGUAUGGGCUGAACCAUCGCAAGCCUCUGCCGCUGAAUACGAGUUCGCCGAAACCGAAUCAAUCUUAAAAGUGGCUGAAAAUGUCGCUGGCCCCUAUGUCUGGGGUCGUUAUGAUCUAGUAGUUCUUCCCGCUUCCUUCCCAUUCGGUGGAAUGGAGAACCCUUGCCUCACAUUCAUUACUCCAACUCUUUUGGCUGGCGAUCGAAGUCUGGUGAAUGUGAUUGCUCAUGAGAUUGCUCAUAGUUGGACUGGCAAUCUCGUUACUAAUUUCUCGUGGGAACAUUUUUGGUUGAACGAGGGAUUUACGGUGUUUUUGGAACGGAAGAUUCAUGGGAGAAUGCAUGGGGAAAAGGAGAGACAAUUUGAGUGCCAGCAGGGAUUUGAGGUAGAUUGACGCUAGAAAAUCCACGUAGCAAAAUUUUUGCUGAAUUUUGUCAAAAAGUAUCAGAUUUUUAAUGAAUUUUGAUACAAAAUUUGAUUUUGGUGCUAAAAAUCACAUUUUCUAUCAAAUGUCAUGAAAAAAUCCGAUAUUUUCCAAAAUUUCGAAAACUCGAAAAAAUACGUUUCAAAAAUUUUUAAACUAAAAAAAUUUGAAAACAAAAAUGUUUUUGGUUUUAAAAUUUUGUAAAACGUACAAUUUCCCGAAGUUUCAGGUUAACAUGAGCAAUCUGAACAUUGCUCAUGUUAGCUUUUUAUUCAAAAUUUGAAGCUGAAAAUCUCCAAAAAUGCUCAAUUUUAAGCCAAAAACGUGAAAAAUUUGAACAUUGCUCAUGUUAGCAUGAGAAAUUGCAUUUUCGGCCCCCAGAAAAAUCAACCUGUUUUCCAGAACACUCUAAUUCCAACAGUCAAAACCUGGGGACCAGAUCACGAGUUCACAAAACUCAUUCAAAAAUUGGGAAACAUCGAUCCGGAUGAGGCAUUUUCAUCGAUUCCAUACGAAAAAGGAUCGGCACUCCUUUUGACAAUUGAACAAGCGAUUGGAGAUAAUUCGAGAUUUGAAGAGUUUUUGAGAAGUUAUAUUCAAAAGUGAGAGUGAUUUUUGGGGUGAAAAUCAUGGAAAAUGCUCAGUUUUGAGCCUAGGAAGCCUAAUUUCAGUUGUUUAGAGCCUAAAAAUAUUUCCAGUUCCAAAUUUAAUUUUUGCCUAAAAUUCAAAUUUUGAAAAGAAAUGGAUUUUUAAGCUGAAACUUAAUGAAAAAUGCUCAAUUUAGAGCUGAAAAAUGUGAAAAUUGAGGGAUUUUGAGCUUGAGAGCCUGAAACGAGCCUAUAUUAAAUUUUGAAGGGCCUAAAUUUUUUUUGAAAAGCCUUUUCUACAAAAUUUGAAGAGAAGUGGAUUUUUAAGCUAAAAAUCUCAAAAAUUGCUCAAUUUUUAGCCGAAAAUUUUGAAAAUUGAGGGAUUUUCAGCCUAGGGGCCUAAAACAGGUCUGAAUUGAUUUUUUAAAAGCCCUAAAUUAUUUUUGAGAACCCUGAAAGCCUUAAUUUCGAAAAAAGCUGAAUUUCAGACUUAUCUAGGCCUAAAUUCUUGAUUUUAAACCCGAAAACUUUGAAAUUGAGGGAUUUUGAGCUUGGUUAACAUGAGCAAUGCUCAUUUUCAAUUAAAUUCUAGGAUUUUCAGCUUUUGGGCCGAAAAAUGUGAAAAUUGAGGGAUUUUGAGCUUGACUAACAUGAGAAAUGUUCAAUUUCAGGCUUCUCAAGCCCAUCUAAGACUAAAUGCUUGAUUUUAGGCCCGAAAACGUUGAAAUUGAGGGUUUUCGAGCCUGGUUAGCAGGAGCAAUGCUAAUUUUCCAUUUUCCAGAUUCGCCUACAAAACUGUGUCAACUGAUGAAUUCCAAGAAUAUCUCUACUCAUCAUUCUCUGACAAACGCAUCAUUUUGGACAAUAUCGAUUGGAAUUUGUGGCUAAAUUCACCCGGUCUACCACCAAAACCCAAAUUCGACACAACUUUGACUGAUGAAUGCAAAAAAUUGGCUGGAAAUUGGACGCGAUCCACUGAAAUUCCCGCUGGAACUGAGACAAUUUAUGAGAAAAUGUCGAGUGCGCAAAAGUUGGCGGUGAUUGAUGAGAUUCGAGCGAAUCGAGGGGUUUUUGGAGUGGAGAAGGUGGGGGGCAUUUUGGGGGGCCUGCUAGGCUUCUGGGUCAAAUUUUGGGAUUUUUCUAGGCUUUCAGGCCUCAAAAUUGUUAAAAAUUUCGAAAAAUGGCCUAAAACCCUAGAAUAAUAGUUAGAAUCUUGAAAUUAGCCUAAAAAGCAGCCUAGAAGCUGAUUUCAGGCUUUUAGGCCAAAUUUUCGGAUUUUUCUAGGCUUUUUAGGCCUAAAAAUUGUUCACAAAGGCUCUUAGGCUAUUUUUUGCUUCUAACGACCUAAAAUUUUAGAAAAAUGGUUUAGAAAGCUUAAAAAUAGCCUAAAACUGAGAAAAUUUGACCUAGAGACUGUUUCCAGGCUUCUAGGCCAAAUUUUGGGAUUUUCCUAGGCUUCAAAAUUGUUAAAAUUGGCUUUUAGGCCAUUUUUCAGGCUUCUACCCAUCUAAAAUUAUGAAAAAUGGCAAAAAAUCAGAGAAAAAUGGUUACGGAAGCCUGAAAAUAGCCUGGAGGCUGUUUUCAGGUUUCUUGGGCCAAAUUUAGGCUUCUCGAUCAAAUUUUGGUUUUUCUAGGCUUUAGGAUAUUUUUUCGAAAUUUUGAGGCUUUCUCGGGCUUUCAGGCCAUUUUCAGGCCACCAGGCUGAUUUUGGAACUUUAGGGCUGUUUUUCAGGUUUUCUAGGCUAUUUUCAGUCUAAAAUCCACGUGGCAAAUAAGAAACGUGCGAAAUUUUUGGCUGAAAAUUCUUCAAAACCUAAAAAAAUCCAGGAUUUUUUAGGUUUCAAAAAGUUCUUAAAAAUUUUCCAAUUUUGUUUGAAAAUUUGAUUUAAGCCACUGAUUAUUUAUUUGGUAAAAUUGAUGACAGAAAAAUUUGGCUCUGAAAUUUUCUAGACUAGAAGUCUGAAAAGCCUCAAAACUCCUCAAUUUUUGCAGAUGCCAGCUCUAACCGAAGCCUACAAGUUAGACAAAGUCAAACAUUCGGAAAUCAAAUUCAGUUGGCUGCUUUUGGGUCUCGACACGAAAUUCGAGCCAAUCAUUGAGCCCAGCUUGGCGUUUGCUGCUGCGGUUGGAAGAAUGAAGUACUGUAAGCCGAUUUAUCGGUGAGUUAGGGGAAUUUCUUUUUUUGGCUCCAAAAAUUUGAAAUUCAAAUUUUUCAGAGCUCUCUUCAAUUGGCAAGCAACUCGCAGCCGUGCAAUUGCUCAAUUCCAGCAAAAUAUCCCGAAAAUGAAUCCGAUUACUGUGAAAGCGAUUCAAGGACUAUUGAAAGCAUAA